CACCCGGAACACUUUAUCAGCACUGUUCUCACCGAUAUUAUCUUUAAAUGUAUACCCGCUUCGAUAAGGAUUCCCAUUAUAAAAAAGGUGGUCCAUGGCGAAAGUGAGGCAGGUACAUUCUGGCUCACCAAUGCUAGUUAUAUGGGAGAAAUGACUGAAAAAUACGGCGCUUUGGGAGUGGUGUUAGAGCACCGGUAUUACGGGAAAUCUGUGCCCACACCAGACCUGUCCACUCAAAACUUAAAAUAUUUAACCGUUGAGUUGGCGCUGAAAGACACGGAACAGUUUGCACUGUAUUUGACCAAAAAGUUAUCACUUGAAGGCAGCAAAUGGGUUGUGUUCGGGGGCUCGUAUGCGGGCAAUCUAGCUGCUUGGUUUAGGAUGGAGUUCCCCCAUAUAGCAGUCGGUGCCAUAGCCACGAGCGCACCCGUCGAGGCUGUCGUAGAUUUUAAGAAAUAUUUAGGGGUCGCCGGCGAGUCGUUGGGAAAAGAGUGUUCAGACAAUAUCAGGAAAGCCAACCUCGAAAUGGAAGAUCUCUUGAAAACACCGGAAGGUGUGAUAAAAUUGCGCAAAACAUUGAAUUUGUGCCAAUCUUUUGACGGCAAGAAUAUCAACGAUAAUCGUUGGUUAGCCGAGGCUUUAAUGGUUAGUAUCGCGCAUUCCGUUCAGUACAACAUAGAUCUCGAUGGGAUCCGUAAGGAAAUGAACGACACCUCUAUUGGUACACCACUGGACAGAUAUGCCCGACUAACCGGUGUUAACCAUACUCUCCCCUGUUAUGAUGUAAAGUAUAACGAUUUGGUUAAAAGCGUGAAAAAUACAACAAUUGAUGCCAACAAAAUGGAAAGGCAAUGGGUAUAUCAGGCGUGCACUGAAAUCGGGUGGUUUGUAACCACUGAUCUCCCAAACAGUCCUUUCGGGCACAAUAUUCCCGUCGAGUUUUAUAUCCAACAGUGCGCCGAUGUUUUUGGGCCACAAUUCACGGCCCAAACCAUACAGAAAGGGGUCGACCGAACAAAUGCCAAAUACGGGGGUUUAAAGCCAAACGUGACAAAUGUUGUGUUCCCUAACGGGUCACUCGACCCCUACCACGCUCUCAGUGUCCUUAAAGAUCUCAAUAAAAGCACAAAAGCCGUUAUGAUUGAGGGCUGCGCUCACGGGGGAGAUAUGUGGGGAUCGUCACCAAACGAUUCCCAGAGUUUGAAAAAUGCACACAAAUUGAUUGAACAACAAAUUGGAGAAUAUUUAAAAUAA